AUGGAACCGGAUCCACUUCUGACGUUUGACGACCUUGACAAGACUACUAUUGACGUUCUGCUUAAGAAGCUGUCUGAUUUAAUCAUCAACUUGUUGACUGGUGCUCCUAAAAGCGACAGAGAACUUCAACACCUUCUACGGACUGCAUCAACUCUUUCUUAUGUUCUAAGAAGCCCAGCAAUCAAAGUCGCGCUUCUAGGAGCUCAAGGUGCUGGAAAGAGCCUCAUAAUUAAUGCAUUAUUUGACCUUGAUGGUCUUUCGCUAACUAGUGCAGAAGGUGCAGCCUGCACUAGCUCUAUUACCAGAUAUGUUCAGGCCCCGAUAAGCAACGGCGAGACCAGGUACUUUGGCGAAAUCAAAUUCCUAACUGCAGCAAAGAGGGAGGCCUUGCUCAAAGAACACGCGCGCUCAUACUAUUACUAUCACAACGCAGAUGACGAUUCUGAUGAUGAAGAUAGUUUUCCAGUCAAGCCAAUCCGUCAGGAUGAGAUAGACAGGAGCCUGAAAGACACUGCAGAAGAUAUCUUUGGAACGCUGUUUGGGUCUCGUGACUCCUUUCUCGAGAGUUGGAGCGCUCCUGCGUUUAAGAGUGGAGAAUUUGUUCGAAUCUGCCAACUCAAAUGUGAGGAGGCUCUUAAGAAAGAGAAUGUCGACACGCAAAACAUCUCCCUCAAAAUCGCGGAUGAUCAGAGAGAUCUCCUGAAGCAAAUUCGGCCUUUCUUGACCGGUAUCAAGGGACAGAGCUGUCUAUGGCCACUCGUAGACAAUGUCGCAAUCAGGUUCCAUCACGACUUGCUCCAGGCAGGAAUUGAGCUGUUCGAUCUUCCAGGAUGGGGUGAUAUCAAUCUCUCGAGAGUCCGACAUGCAGAGGAGAUCAAGGAUAGCGUGGAUGUGGAGAUCAUCCUUGCUGACACGAUUCGGAUCGCUUCCGAUGACAAGGUCAUCAACAGUGUGCGGGCAGCCAUGGCUCAUCAUGGCGCUUCGAAAGUCAAGGUGGUAGCAACGAAGAUUGAUUCUCUUACCCCAAAUCAACUUGCUCAAUGUGGUGGCGGGGAAUACGAUCGAAUCAGAGAGAUGGUUCAGCGUGUCGAAGAGCAAGAGACAGACGAAGACGAGGAUGACGAUAGCAAUAGUGCCGUAAAACGAGAAACGAUCGCCAGAUACAAGACUUACCAGGAUCGUUGUAUCAAACAGAGAAAGAUUUCAGAGCGCGCAAAACAUAUCACGGCAGAAUUGGCGUCGAAGCUCCAAGGUCGUUCUCUGAAUGAUCUUCCCGAGGUCUUUCACGCAUCCGCUUCAGACUACAUGGAAUCAAUCAAGAAGGCCAAGAUUGGGUUUAUGAAUCAACCAGCCUUGUCCCCGAGCAUGACCGGCGUGCCAGCAAUCCGAAAAUUCCUGAUGUCACUCCCCGCUGAGCAGAAUCUCAAGGACUAUGAACGACACAUCAAUAUCAUUGUUCCAGCAUUCAUUGAAAAAAUCAAGCGAACAGUGUCGGACACCGACCGCGAUGGUGGGUUCCGUACUAUCGCUGACGAGUUCGAUAGUAUUCGCAGAGGUUUUAUGACACGACUGCUUGCGCAAGCAAAGUCGUCCUUCCAGUAUCAAUCCGACUUGAGUUUGGGAAGAAUUGAAAAAGACAUCCCUACAUUCAAGGAACAGGUGGAAGAGAAGGUGACAGAAGACUGGUUCAGGCACAAAGGUGCCGCCUUCACUAGGAUUCUGAAGUGCCGUGGCGAAGUUCUCAAGGGAGCUUCCAAGGCAAAAGGUCUCGACGAAGGCUGCAACUGGAACAAAGAACUGGCAAAAGUGUUAUCACCAGGGUUCACCAAGUGGUCGAAAACGCACAGUCUAGGCAUGAAAAAGAUGGCAUCCUCCUUACGGAAAGCAUUGGAUCAGCUUCACGACAAGACUAACGUAAUGAUGAACGACUCAAGCGCGAAUCUGGUCACUGUCGACAAAGCCAAGAGAAAAUGGAACCCGCUACGCCACCAAAUUCAGGCAAAAUUGAUGAUACUGAUGGAUGAAGUCGACAAGCUGGAGAAGAAGACGCUCGAGUGGGCUACUAUGGAGUUUGGACGAGAGAACAACCUCAUAGCACAGAUCACAGAUGAUAUCUAUGUUGACGUCUUCCAGUCGGAACCUGAGCUCAAGCCGCCGCCCGUGGCUGGAAAAAAGAAGCAAUAUAAGCGAUAUGUGACUCCCAAGAUCGGGUUUCAAAAGAAGCGUAUGGAAGAGCUAUUUCUGGACCCGAAAAACCAUCUCGUCGACCGGUUGUUGAAACACUUCCAAAGUGAGUUCGACACGAUCAUGCGUUCGCUGUUAGAACAGCAUUUUGCCAGUAUUGAGAAGCUGUUAGAAGAGUUCAGCACUUCGAUACGAAGCGAGGCACCGAUUGACUAUAUAAUCACGCGAGAUGGCGAGUCCAUUCGAGCUGAUGUCGAAGCACAAAUUCCAAAGUUGUUAGAGAUGGCUGCUGAGCUGCGUGGCAAACUCCCACUACGCAUCAAAAAAGAAGAUAACUUAACGAAAGCGUCAGCAGAGAGUCUAGACAUUGAGGAAGGGGAGGACGAAGACUUCGCUUUCAUAUUUGACAAGAUGGCGAAGCGCACGAGGACAGAAUCCUCAACUACUACAGAGGCCAAACGAGUCAAGCACGAAUCUUAAUGCCAGCUCACCUGGCCAAGCAAAGACGACGAGAUCCAGUCCUCAAAUCUCGGUUGCUUGCUCUUCAGCUACACUUUCGUUCACGAUACAUGAAGAUGUACACCUAGCGGAGCAAUGAGCCUUACCAAA